GAGGAACUUUUCUUCCAUGGCUCAGGACAUAGUCCUGAAUCAAGCUAAGAGAACUUUCUGUGCAGACCUAAUCCCAAAGACCCUCCGAAGGGUUGCUGAUGAAGAUGCCCAGUGUCCGCUGCAAACUGGCCCAGUAUCUAGAGGACCUGGAAGAUGUGGACCUCAAGAAAUUCAAAAUGCAUUUGGAAGACUACCCACCUGGGGAGGGCUGCAGCCCGCUCCCCCGGGGCCAGAUGGAGAAGGCAGACCAUUUGGAUCUAGCCACACUCAUGAUUGACUUCAAUGGGGAGGAGAAAGCAUGGGCCAUGGCUGUGUGGAUCUUUGCAGCGAUCAACAGGCGAGACCUCUGGGAAAAAGCUAAGAAGGACCAGCCAGAGUGGAAUGAUGCCUGUGCCUCCAAUCUCUCUGUGGAAUGCCAGGAAGACAGCCUUGAAGAGGAGUGGAUGGGCUUACUGGGAUAUCUCUCCCACAUCUCAAUUUGUAAAAAAAAGAAAGAUUACCAUAAGAUGUACAGAAGACAUGUGAGAAGCAGAUUCUACUGUAUCAAAGAUAGGAAUGCACGUCUGGGUGAGCGUGUGGACAUCAACAAACGCUACACUCAGCUGCAGCUGGUCAAGGAGCAUCCAAGCAAGCAGGAGAGGGAGGAUGAACUGCUGCACUUUGGCAGGACUAAAAUGUGGGACAGACCCAUGAGUUCCAUUGAGCUGGAGUUGCUGUUUGAGCCUGAGGAUGAGCACUCAGGGCCUGUGCGUACAGUGGUGUUCCAGGGGGCAGCAGGCAUCGGGAAAACGAUACUAGCCCGGAAGAUCAUGUUGGACUGGGCAUCCGGGAAGCUCUUCAAGGAUAAAUUUGAUUAUUUGUUUUUUAUCCACUGUCGAGAGGUGAGCCUCAGGACACCAAAGAGCCUGGGAGACCUGAUCGUCAGCUGCUGGCCUGACCCAAACCCACCAGUGUGUAAGAUACUGAACAAGCCUUCCAGGAUCCUCUUCCUCAUAGACGGCUUCGAUGAGCUGCAGGGAGCCUUUGAUGAGCACAUUGUGGAGGUCUGCACAGACUGGCAGAAGGCUGUGAGGGGAGACAUUCUGCUGAGUAGCCUCAUCCGAAAGAAGCUGCUGCCCAAGGCCUGCCUGCUCAUCACCACGAGGCCGGCGGCCUUGGAGAAGCUGCAGCACCUGCUGGAUCGCCCCCGCCACGUGGAGAUCCUAGGCUUCUCUGAGGCCAAGAGGAAGGAGUAUUUCUUUAAGUAUUUCUCAAAUGAGCUGCAGGCCAGAGAGGCCUUCAGGCUGAUCGAGGAGAACGAGAUUCUCUUUACCAUGUGCUUCAUCCCCCUGGUCUGCUGGAUUGUGUGCACGGGGCUGAAGCAACAGAUGGAGGCUGGGAAGAGCCUGGCCCAGACCUCCAAGACCACAACAGCCGUCUACGUCUUCUUCCUUUCCAGCCUGUUGCAAUCCCGGGCGGGCACCGAGGAGCACCUCUUCUCUGUCCACCUGCAGGGGCUCUGCUCCUUGGCUGCAGAUGGAAUUUGGAACCAGAAAAUCCUUUUUGAGGAGUGUGAUCUGAGGACACAUGGCCUGCAGAAGACAGAUGUCUCUGCAUUCCUGAGGAUGAACGUGUUCCAGAAGGAAGUGGACUGUGAGCAAUUCUACAGCUUUAGCCACAUGACUUUCCAGGAGUUCUUCGCUGCUAUGUACUAUUUGCUGGAAGAGGAGGAAGAGGGGGUGGCCGCCAGGAAGAGACCAGCAGGCUGUUCAGAUCUCCUGAACAGAGAUGUGAAGGUUCUCCUAGAAAAUUACGGCAAGUUUGAAAAGGGCUAUCUGAUUUUCGUUGUCCGUUUUCUCUUUGGCCUUGUAAACCAGGAGAGAACCUCCUACUUGGAGAAGAAAUUAAGUUGCAAGAUCUCUCAGCAAGUCAGACUGGAACUGCUGAGAUGGAUUGAAGAGAAAGCCAAGGCCAAGAAGCUGCAGAGGCAGCCCAGCCAGCUGGAACUGUUCUACUGUUUGUAUGAGAUGCAGGAGGAAGACUUUGUGCAGAGCGCUAUGGACCACUUUCCCAAAAUUGAGAUCAACCUCUCAACCAGAAUGGAUCAUGUAGUUUCUUCCUUUUGUAUCAAAAACUGUCAUAGGGUAAAAACCCUUUCCCUGGGGUUUCUCCACAACUCACCCAAGGAGGAAGAAGAAGAGCGGGGAGGAAGUCAACACUUGAGCCACGUCCAGUAUGUUUCUCCAGACCCUCAUGCUGGCUGUUCUUCUAGACUGGUGAACUGCUGUCUCACGUCUAGCUUCUGCCGAGGCCUCUUCUCCACUCUAAGCUCCAACCAGAACCUCACUGAGCUGGACCUCAGUGACAACACUCUGGGGGAUCCGGGCAUGAGGGUACUGUGUGAGGCCCUCCAGCACCCAGGCUGUAACAUUCAGAGACUGUGGCUGGGGCGCUGCGGACUUUCCCAUCAGUGCUGUUCCGACAUUGCCUCUGUCCUGAGCAGCAGCAGCCAGAAGCUGGUGGAGCUGGAUCUCAGCGACAACGCCCUGGAGGACUUUGGAGUCAGACUUCUGUGUGUGGGACUGAAGCACCUAUUCUGCACCCUGAAGAAACUCUGGUUGGUCAGCUGCUGUCUCACAUCUGCGUGUUGUCAGGAUCUCGCCUUGGUUCUGAGUUCCAACCAUUCUCUGACCAGACUGUACAUGGGAGAAAAUGCCUUGGGAGAUUCAGGAGUUCGUGUUCUGUGUGAAAAAGUCAAGGACCCACAAUGUAACUUGCAGAAGUUGGGGUUGGUGAAUUCUGGCCUUACUUCGAUUGGUUGUUCAGCUCUGGCCACUGUGCUCAAAACCAACCAGAACCUCACACACCUCUACCUUCGAAGUAACGCCCUUGGAGACUCGGGGCUGAAGUUCCUCUGUGAGGGACUUCUGCAUCCUAACUGCAAGCUACAGAUGCUGGAGUUAGACAACUGCAGCCUCACCUCCCACUGCUGCUGGAGCCUCUCCACCAUCCUGACCUGCAACCUGAGCCUUCGGAAGCUGCACCUGGGCAACAACGACCUGGGCGAUCUGGGGGUGAUGAUGCUCUGCGAGGUUCUCAAGCAGCAGGGCUGCCACCUGCAGAGCCUCCAGUUGGGAGAAAUGUAUUUUAAUUGCGAAACAAAACGUGCCUUAGAAGCGCUUCAGGAAGAAAAGCCUGAGAUGACCAUUGUCUUUGAGCCUUCUUGGUAGGCGUAGAAGCAGGACCGUGGUGGCAGGGCUGCCAGGCUCCACGGUCCUGCUCCACACCCCACUGCCCACUGUUCAUCACUGCUGUCAAGCCCUCCUCCACCAUCAGACCAAGCCAGGGCGUCCAGUUCAGGGGCUGCAGCAAAGGCUCCUGUGGGAAGCCAAGCGUGUUUUCCCCAGCGAAGACACUGAUAAUGUGAAACGGCCAGAGGGUUCGGCUCCCAUCACUGGAAGGGCAAGGUGUUCCCUCUUGGCGACCCAUGGAACCAGCUUCUAGAAACCAUGCUGAUUUGUCCUUUCCUCCUCCUGUGCUGUUCUUUUUAACACCCCCCCCCUCUCAUUUUCCCCACACUUGCUCAUAUCAUUGUUGUUCUCUGUUAACUCGACUCUACCGUGUAAGGGGCUGGGUGCGCUAGAUAGCAAGUUUGUGGCAGCUAUUUUUUUUUUUUUUUUUAAUAGUUAUGUUUUCUGCUCGGCUACCUGAAAACUCAAGAGAUUUAUAAAACCUGUUUUGUUUUGUAUUUAUUGUAUGUAUGCACUGCUUUCUUAAUUUAAAAAUGUAU